CAUAGAUGCCACUCAGGCAGGUUCCAUUGCUUCGUUCCUUCCCCAAAGUUUAUGACCACACACUGCCCCAGCAUGGAACACUUCCCAGAUUCGACCAAAUUUUCCAGACGAUUACUUGCAACAGAAUCACUGAUUGGCAUUUGCCGCGAGAAAGUUUCUUCAGUAGUCGCUCACUACGUCGUUUAUCGCGUCGAUGGAGGAAGCCUGCGCCAUGGAUGGGCAACAUGCGAGCAGCUUCUUUGCCAUUCCAAUCGAGCUCCGACGUGCUGUGUAUGCGCAUCUACUCAGCACCGCAGGCCAACACAUCCAAUACAUCACCGGCGACGAUGGGAUCCAUCACUUUAGGCUCACACCGUGCAUCGUCUCGGCAAAGUGGGACGAAGAAGAGCUGGAUGGAACCGAGCGAAACCCCGACAAGUUGUACUGGGUCUGGGGACCUAUCUAUAAACGUCGGCUUUCGUCGAGCUGGGGUCCGCACUGGAUGUGCGAGGAGUUGGCUUUCAACUUGCCCGUGUGUGAGCAUGCCCACUGGAAGGGUAGCAGCACUCAGGAAGCAGGGGAUAUAGCGCCUGCGUCGUUACGCGGUUUCGCUUCUGCUUUGAGGGUUUGCAAGAGAAUGUACAUGGAGUUGGUCGAGGAAGCUACGACAGGGACAGACUUUCACGUUACGGACCUACGGACCCUCAAAGCAAUGCUCGACCACAGGGCACCUGCUCCUGCUCCUUACAGCUUCGAAGGCUCGAUUUGUCCCUGUAUUUCCAAGCUUUCCAUUACACUGAGUCUACCUUUGGCUUUCUUCCAGGCGAUCGAGGCCGUUGUCUAUCGCGCCUCUCCCGACUGGGAAAUUGCAUCAACCUCGGACAUCGAAGACAACAGCGUCGGCACCUGGCUUCAUCUACACUCUCGUCUGCUCAUUCAGCUCCCAAAGCUUCGCAAGCUUCGCGUCUGGUUGGACCAUAAUAACGAUAGCUAUUGGUCAGUGGUCGACGAGCGAGCGAUCCUUGCUCCCAUGGAAGCUCUAAGGACAAGCAAUCCCUCACUCGAGCUGGUCUGCGUCCUCCCCAAAUUGCACCCUCGGAUCGAAGACCGUCAACGACACUACCUAUCAGUGGACGUGGACGAGGAGGAGGAAAGCCCUUCCCGUCUCGUAGUCCAUCGCUUUAUGCGCCAACGUUACCGUGUUGUUGAGGACCGCGAUACAGGCGACAAGACCGUUACUAUUGUGCCGGACUUCCCCGUUUUGUACAAACACCCUUUAUUUGAUGGGCGGCCCCUGUUGGAUGUGGAGGACUACGAGAGGGCACUGUGGCGUAGUGGCCUGGAUGUCCGCCAGCAUUUCAUGUGGCUGAGGCCCCUUUCAACUGAUUCACCCGAGUUCACUUCCAGUGGCACGGAGCACGAGGUCAAUGAUCAGUCUCCGGCAUCGUACACAUACCGUAUAUUCUCGAGCAAUUGAACAAGACUUACUGCACGGACUAAGGCAAGGGACGUAUCUAAACAGACCUUCCAUUCUCCUCAAACCCUGACUUCAACCUCACAUCGCGUCAGCAAGCUUGAAGCGCAUUGCAUAGUGCGAGGCUGGGAUUGGUCGAUUUGCUUAGUCUGCGCUGUAGAUCUUGUUCAAUUUCUCGAGAAUAUACGGCAACCUGAACCAAGUCACUCCAUUGUCCAGAUUUCGACUUACUAAGAACGAUAACAGAAGUACCUAGCCUAGCCAGCUUGCCAAUUCAACCGCAUAUCUGAUUUUUUGCCAUGCAAGACCAACAUAUGGCUCCAUGAGCAGACAUGGGCCAGAUCAUCAGCCAAAUCGAGGGACAACCACCCCACUGGUCAGAGUGGGCUAAUUCGCCAUGUACCAGUACG